UGUGAACACAACCAUCCGCCUGAAGAAGCCUAUUCAGGAGUUCUCCAGCCAACAGAUUCGAAAUCAACAUGAAGUUUCUGGCAGCGAUCUGCGUUCUCGCCGUUGGCGUCAGCGCUCAGGUUGGGCCUUCAGGAAUCGUCAGUCCAGAUGGCAAGAACGUUCAGUUCAGCCACGAUUUUGUCAACAGAAUCGUGUUGGUUGGACCUUCUGGUAUUGUCACAUCAGAUGGCUCUAACCUCCAGUUAACCUCCGGCCAGGCUGGCCUGAAUCUGGGCUCUCUACCCGCACCCCUUCCAUACGCCAGAUUCAGGGGAGUCGUCGGACCUUCCGGUAUUGUCCGCCCAGGGGGCAAGAACAUUCAGUUCAGCCAGGCUCAAGUCGACAACAAUGUCCUUGUCGGACCUUCCGGUAUCGUCACCAAAGAUGGCAAGAACAUCCAGUUCCAAGACGAAUACCAGUACUAUUAAGACAUGUAUUCUUGUGAUCUCCCGCCACAUAUCUCUGCUGACGAAUCCCUUCCGGCAUUUAUCAACAAGAAGAACGUCAAUCGUUUCCCCGUUGGAUUGGAGCCCUUCUGGGAACCGAGAUAUCUGCAACCCGAUUUGAUUCUCCUUGUACGACUCAUUUUGCCUAUAGGCCCAUGGUUAUCACUGUUAAUUUCCUGUUAUGAUGUCCUGUACAUAUGUGAAAGCAAUAUAAAUAUAUUCAGUUGUAUAA